AUGACUCAACAGAGACCGCCAAACGCCGUUCGCAAGCCGUCCCAGCCUUUUUCAUGCCACAGAGGCAUCGACGCCGGAGCGCGCUACUACGCCGUGGAUAUCGAGAUGGUCACGAUCGAAGGACCUGAAGAUCUUCCGGCCAGGCGAGCAAUGGUCUCCGUUGGCGUCGUGGAUGAGCGACUGGAGACCUUGCUGUACGGGAGGGUCGCGGUGCCGAGAGGGUGCAAGGUCACUGACGGAGUGUUUGCCAGAAUGCAGGGGGGGUUAUUGGCUACAUGGGAAGAGGGGAUUCCUGCAUCUUGCGUCUCGGACUUCCUCACGCGGCACGUCGAGGAAGGUGGCGUCUUAGUGGGAUGGGAGCUUCACAGUGACCUCAAUGUCUUGGGCUUCGAGAAGGCCGCCAGUCAGAUAAGAAGCGGCGAGCGAGAGGUCCUUCCAACAGAGAGGGCUCCGAUCGACGGCGGCAGUCUUUCUUUCAAGACUGCUCCUGGAAACGGCAGCAACACCAGCAGCAGCAGCACCGCCCGCUCUCGCGCUGUUGAGAGUCCAGAUGCAGCAGCAUGGCCAUGGGUAGGACGGCGAAGGAUGCGGGUAGUGGAGGUAACCGAUCUGUUCAGGACGAUGAAUGGGCUCAAGUGCACGCUCCAGGAGGCGUACGCUCAUUGCUUCGAUAGGAUGGAAGAGGGGGCUCACAACGCUGCGGCUGAUGCUCGUAUGACGAUGGAGCUCUUCAACCUGUGGAGGCGGGCCGGAGAGCCACGGGAGCCCCUGGGCCUCCCGCUGUCCUUUUUCCUUGUCAAUUUUCACUCGUUCAAGCCGAGCAGGAGUCGCCAAGCGUCACUGGGCAUGCUGCGUCCCGAAGGGGGUGGUGCGGGGGGGUUAGGCCGGGGGAUUCACGGUGCCCUCGAAAAGGACAGCGGGAGCAAUACUUACAAGCUCAAGUUCCGAAGCCGAGAAGGCAGAGAAGCUUACCUCCACUGCCUCGAGCGAAAGAUGUUAGCGGCCGGCCUGGCCUGGGAGGCGGCUCCAGAGUUCGUGUGUGGAAAGAAGGGAGCGCGGGACGGCUACCAGCUCUCCUGCGGGAGUUUCAAGAUGCAUGUGCUUGAACGCGAUCGCUGA